AUGACCUUUUUCACAGUACCAAUUGCAAAUGCGACAAAAGCGACAGGAAAAGAAAAAGCUGUGAAGAAGAAAGCAACAUGGAAGGAACGGACUAAAGCACUCCUUUCAAAGGAACUAAAAAAUGAAUAUAAACGAUACGGUGAAUUGAUGAAACGAAAUACAGCACAGUGUAAUUUGAUUAGGUAUGCACUCAAAGAUGAUUAUAGAAAUUUGGUUGCUUACACACAUGCUUACCUUGAUUCCCUUAGCGAAAAGUCGCUUGCGGAUCGGGAAGAUGAUGAGAUCUUCAGUGUUGCACUGCUGCUGGUUGCUCGUCAGUAUAGUCAUUAUUCAAAAAAUCAAUCAUUAGCGAACUCACGGGAACCUCUACAGCUGUUUUUCUCAUUAGCAAAUUUAAUGGAGCAAAUGCCAAUACAAGGAGAUGAUACAAAAGCAGCUUGGAUACUUCUUCUGGAUCGUUUUGAAAGGUGGAUUGAAAUUCGGACAAUUGAUGGAAAGUCGAAUGAUAUUGAUGAUGUGCACAUUGAACUGAGACGUAAAUUAACUUCCCAGGCUGGAUUAGGUUCCUUACCGCGAUUUUACAAUCGAUUUUUGUUUACUGAUGAUGAUCAACUGGUGAUCCGUUUUCGAGAACGUGAACUUUUUGGGAAAAAUGUCGUCUAUAGGGAUGAAGAGAAGGAAUGGCCGUAUGAUAAGGACCUCAAGCUUGUCAGUGGUCUGCAUGAGCCCGUUUCGAAAGAUGAAUAUCAUGGUUCGCCAUAUUCUAAUAUCUCUUUUGCAAAGGACCAGUACGCAGAGAAAUUUGUUGAGCAACUGCAAAGAGAAGCCGAUCGUUACUUAUUUAUAAGAAAUUUUAAUCGGAAAUCGAGUGAAAUCCCGGUAGAAGGUUUGAUUAAAGAAUGGAACUGGUACCAAAGUAUAUUGAAAUGUUUGACGUCACAUGUUGAAGAAUUACGCCAAUAUCCUUUGAAGGAUUUCAUGAGCGUUGUGGAUUUGAAAAUUUGCACCUCACUUAUGCUAUCAACAAUAAUGUCAAUAUGUGCCCAAGGUGAACAAUUAAUCCCUGCAACCACAUUUCGAUACUGUUUAGCAAAUCCAAUUUUGAACAUCAUUGGUCAAAUGUUUCAACAAAAAGUGUCAAAAACCAUAACUAAGAUGCAAAACGAAAUUUUCUCAGAUUACGUCGAAUACUUUCUGAAUGCAGAAGUUUCACGACAGCACACUGUACGUGAAUGGUGGAUGUACUGUGCUUCUCAAAUGCACAUAAGUCCCCAACUGAAAUUCCCAUGCGCUGAUUUUGGAUCGGGAAUACGUGAACAGCUUGGCUCGUUCUUAAUGUCUGUAGUUUUGGAAGCAUGCAAAUUGCAUGUCGAAGCUGGCAGUCGUGGAAAUUCUAUAUGUAUUCCAGUAUUUUCCCAUAAAGAUGUUGUCAAUGAAGAAAGUUCUCUUGAUGGAGACGUUUUGUGCGUAACGAAAAUGAUAAAAAUAUGUAAUGCAAUGAUGGAGGUUGUGAGCAAGCAUCAAUUUGAAUGGAUGGUUUUUCCUACUGAUUCAUUACCUAUGGAAGUACCUCCUCGGCCGUGGUUGGAUUCUGGAGAAGGUGGGCCGUAUUACGGGUCUCCCUUCAAUGUGUUAAGAGCACAUCCCGAUUAUUCGACGAUCAACGUGAAUUAUGAAAUGAAGAAACGGUUGAAAUCACGUAAACAAGCUCGGCCUGUUUUCGAUGCGCUGAAUGAUUUGGGUGUUACGCCGUGGAAAAUAAAUGGACCUGUUCUUGAUGUGGCUCUGAGGGUUUUUGAAAUGGCUCAACUGGAAGCAGAUGAGAAGUUUUUGGAGAAAUUAUCGAUACCAAUUCAUCCGAGUCGAGUUUCGAUACCAGAUUACGUAGCUAAAUUCGGGAAUAUGGAAGUAGAUAAGUUGCCGGUAAAUGAGUGGCGAGAGUAUUCAAAAGCGAAAUAUGAAGCUAUGAAAAAAAGAAACGAGUUAAAUUCAUUAUGGUGUUGGUUGCUUUAUCGUUUGACCAUGGCAAAUCAUUUUAAAGAAAGUGUUCUUUUCUUUCCGCAUAGUAUGGAUUUUCGGGGGCGUGUAUAUCCGAUAACUCCAUAUUUGAAUCAUAUGGGGGACGAUUUAAAUCGGUCAUUGUUGGUCUUUGCGGAAGGCCGACCGUUAGGUGAUGAUGGUUUGCGAUGGCUGAAACUUCAUUGUAUAAAUUUGACGGGCAUUUUAAAGAAAGAAUCGAAUUUCACCCGUGCUAUAUAUGCUGAUGAAAUGCUGCCGAAAAUGUUGGAAAGUGCGAACAGUCCCUUAUCAGGUGAAAUGUGGUGGACGAAAUCAGAAGAACCAUGGCAGACUUUAUCUGCAUGUAUGGAAAUUAGAAAUGCUUUACAAACUGGUGAUCCGGUGACUUUCAUUAGUCAUUUACCGGUAUAUCAGGAUGGUUCAUGCAAUGGUUUGCAACAUUAUGCAGCACUGGGUAGAGAUCAAGAAGGUGGAAUGGAGGUGAAUUUAGUACCGGCUGAAAAACCAUCUGAUGUUUAUUCCAGUGUUGCUGUUAGGGUAGAACAGAAACGUUUAGAGGAUGAGAAGAGUCCCGAUUCUGAAGCUCACGAUUUGGCUUUGUCACUGCGUACCAUUAUGCCAGAUCCUGUUUCCAGAAAGGUGAUAAAACAAACAGUAAUGACCACUGUUUAUGGCGUAACAAUGAAUGGUGCACGAAGACAAAUUGAAAGGCAGCUGAAAGCGAUCGGAAUAGAUUCGAACGAACGCAUGAAAUACGCAACCUAUUUGGCAGAUAGAACAUUUCGAAGUCUAAACGACGCCUUCACUAGUUCAAUGAAAAUGAAAGAUUGGUUUCGCGAUUGUGCGGAAGCAAUUGUAAAGUUGAUGCAUACAGUGGAAUGGAUUACACCUCUUGGUUUACCCGUAUAUCAACCUUAUUUAGAGACUAUAAUGGAAGAAAAUAAAGUUUACCGACUGCCUAAAUCAAUUAAACAGGUAAACGCAUUUCCUCCUAAUUUCGUGCAUUCUCUGGAUUCAACCCAUAUGAUGUUAACUGCUUUAUAUUGCCGACGAUUGGGCAUUACGUUUGCAGCGGUGCAUGACUGCUAUUGGACCCAUGCUUGUGAAGUGGACCAGAUGAAUAGGAUAUGUCGGGAACAAUUCGUGCAGUUGCACAGCGAGCCAUUAGUAAAGCAGUGCGCAGAGUUUUUUCGUCAGAAAUACUUGCCGAAUUGGUUACGUACUGUUAUGUUGGCCGAAGAAUUCCAAGAACUGCGGAAAAUAUUCACACCAAAAGUUCGACAAGGUAUGCUUGAUCUGGAUGCUGUACGAAAAUCGACCUAUUUCUUUUACUAG